UCAUCAGGACCAGUGAUGACCAGGGCGCUAAAUAGAGUUUCACAAAAGAAUUAUGGGUACAGCCUCAUCUUUAGUGAGUCCUGGUGAUGUGAUCGAGGACGGGUAUGGGGCUGAGGGUGGAGAAGCGUGCGAGAUUCCUGUGGAAGUGAAGCCAAAAGCACGACUGGUACGCAGUUCGUUCAGACGUGGCCCGCGGGUCAUCGGGGCCAGCUUCAAAUCCACAGGCUCUGUGGAGCUGGAGUAUGCUGCUGAAUACGAGCGUCUCCGGAAGGAUUACGAGAUCUUUCGUGUAAGCAAGAACAAUGAGAUAGCGGCCAUGCAGAAGAAAGAGGCCAAGCUGGAUGAGGAGAACAAGAGGCUACGUGCUGAGCUGCAGGCCUUGCAAAAGACGUACCAGAAGAUUCUCAGGGAGAAGGAAAAUGCUUUGGAGGCAAAAUACCAGGCCAUGGAGAGAGCAGCCACCUUCGAACAUGACAGAGAUAAAGUGAAACGACAAUUUAAGAUCUUCCGCGAGACAAAGGAAAAGGAAAUUCAGGAUUUAUUAAGGGCAAAGCGUGAUCUGGAGUCUAAACUGCAGCAACUGCAAGCUCAGGGUGUUCAACUGUACGAACCUAUUGACUCUGACUCUGAUGACAACCACACAAGUGUCACAACUGCAGGGGCACAGUGUGAGUACUGGAGUGGAUGCAUUCUUGGUAGUGAGCCUUCCAUGGGGAGUAUGAUGCAGCUGCAGCAGGGUCACAGAGGGCCAGAGUUUGCUCACAGUCUCAUCGAUGUCGAGGGGCCAUUCGCCAAUGUCAGCAGAGAUGAUUGGGAUGCAGCAGUGUCCAGCCUGCUACAGGUUUCUCCUCAUGUGUCUCAGGCUUUAUGGAGUAACACAGUCCGCUGUUAUUUCAUCUAUACCCAAGAGACCAGAGCAGAACUCCAAGUCUUUAUACAGACUCAUUCACCUGAAUUGAAGAGGUUUUGUGAGAGUUUGGGUCAUUCCUAUUUAACUGUGUGUUUCCCGGAGGAAAAAGCUGCUCUGUAUGCUACUGAGCGCCAUCUGGAGCUUGAGAGGAGCUCAGUGUGUGUGCUGCUGCUCAAAUCCUCAGUGACCAGUUGUGUAAUGGAAGAUGUGGAAGAGGCAUUUGUACGCACUCCAGACUCUCGUCCUCUGCUGGUCUAUUUAAAUACGGGAGAAAAGAGAGUAGAGAGUGAGGGUGCUUCCUGUCUGAGCUCAGCCGCUAGAGACCUCCUGGAGAAAGUUAACAAUGCAGACAAGGCCGCUAAGGUUAAGGUGGUGGACCACUCAGGCUCUGCAGAGGAGGGAGCAGCACUUAUUUUUGCUCAGCUAGAAAGGAUUGUAAAGCAGGAACUGUUUGGAUUGGAGCUGGAAGACAGCAUGGGACUGGAGGACAGAGAAGACUCUGACUCUGGUGAUGUGCUCUGGGAUUUACAUGAUGAACAGGAGCAGACUGAGGCCUACCAGCACAUUUGCAGUGCUUCAGCUAGUCUCAGCUUUCAGAAGUACAUUGAUUGUCUGAAUGAUAUGGUUGCUGCUCCUCCCCCCACGCCCCCUUUGCUGGUGUCAGGAGGGCCAGGUUCAGGCAAAUCUCUUCUUCUUGCUAAAUGGAUAGAGCUGCAGCAGAAGCACUCUCCCAACACACUGAUCCUCUAUCACUUUGUGGGUCCUGCUUUGUCCACCAGCGCAGAUCCCGUCCUCAUCAUCAAACGUCUCACUGUAAAGCUUUUGCAGCAUUUCUGGACCCUCUCAGGCUUGUCCAUGGACCCCUGUAAGAUCCUGGAGGAAUUCCCUCGCUGGUUAGAGAGACUGUCCUCACGUCAUCAUGGCAACAUCAUUAUUGUCAUUGACUCUAUUGAUCAAAUCCAAAAUGCAGAGCGACAUAUGAAGUGGCUGAUUGAUCCACUACCUGCUAAUGUUAGAGUUUUGGUGUCUGUCAAUGUUGAGUCGUGCCCACAGGCUUGGAGACUGUGGCCCACUUUACAUCUGGACCCUCUCAAUCCAAGAGAAGUGAAAAGUGUCCUCAAUACAGAAUGUCUGAACACUGAUAUGAAACCCACGAAAGAGCAGGAGAAGAAGUUAGAGAGACAUUGUCGUUCUGCGUCCACCUGCAAUGCGCUGUAUGUCUCACUGCUAGCCAGACUCCUCACCCACACUAGAUCAUCUUCGACAUUGGACAAAAUUUUGCAUCGGAGUGUGUCAUGUCAGGACACAGUGGCUUUGUACAGACUGAGCCUGAAGAUGAUCCUGGAUUCACUGAACACAGACAGAGAGAGGCACGUCAUGAGAGAAGUGAGUUUUAUACUGUAUUUACUGUGCCUGCUCUGUGCCAGUCAUAAUGGUGUUAGUGAGUCUGAACUCCUGGAGAUUUUCCCAGAGUUGUAUUUCCCAGCCCUCUCCUCUCUGCUCUGCAGUCUGCAGAAACUCCUCAUCGUCUGCUUCAGCUGUGGCCUUGUCCGCUUUCAGCACCCACAGGCUUCUGAGGCUGUAAUCCAGGAGUUCCUCAAUGGAGAAAGAUGUUGCUCAUCGUCCAGGGAGAAACUUAUUCAGUAUUUUAACCAGAAGCUUAGUGAGAACACAGUGACAUGGCGUGUUGCUGAUGAGUUGCCAUGGUUACUGCAACAGCAGGGAGAAAAAUGUAAACUCCAGCUAUGUCUGCUCAACCUGUGUGUCUCCCAGAAUCUCUACAAAAGGGGUCAUUUCUCAGAGCUGUUGGCGUACUGGCAGUUUGUUGGGAAGGAUAAAGUAGCCAUGGCAGCUGAAUAUUGUGAGGCUCUGAAGGAGUUUGAACGGAAUUGUGAGAGCGAAGAAAGCAUGAGCAGACUGGCUAACCUGUAUGAGACACUCGGGCGAUUCCUCAAAGACCUGGGGCUCCUCAGUCAGGCAGUUGCCCCCUUGCAGCGCUCCCUAGAGAUUCGUGAGACAGCUCUAGAUCCAGAUCACCCCAGUGUGGCCCAGUCCCUACACCAGCUGGCUGGAGUUUACGUACACUGGAGGAAGUUUGGCAACGCAGAGCAACUGUACAAGCAGGCCCUGGAGAUCAGUGAGAAUGCAUAUGGAGCGGAGCACUCGAGUGUGGCGAGAGAACUCGACUCCCUCUCACUCCUCUACCAGAAACAAAACAAGUAUGAGCAGGCUGAGAAGCUGCACAAGAGAUCAGUGAAGAUCAGGCAAAAAAUGGCUCGGCAAAAAGGCCACAUGUAUGGGUUCACUCUAUUGCGUCGUCGAGCACUGCAGUUGGAAGAGUUGACUCUCAGUAAAGACUCAGCCGAUUGCGCCAAGACUCUCAAUGAACUCGGGGUCCUCUACUACCUCCAGAACAACCUUGAUACAGCGAAGGUGUUCUUGAUGCGUUCCUUGGAGAUGCGGCAGCGUGUCUUGGGUGCUGAUCACCCGGACUGUGCUCAGUCUCUGAAUAACCUGGCUGCCCUGCACUGUGAGAGGAAGGAUUACGAGAGCGCUGAGCAGCUGUACGAGAAAGCACUGGAAAUCCGCAAACAAGCCCUCGCUCCAGACCACCCGUCUCUCGCCUAUACCCUCAAGCAUCUUGCCAUGCUUUACAAGCGCAGGGGGAAGAUGGAGAAGGCGGUGCCUCUCUACGAGUUGGCUCUUGAGAUUCGAGAGAAAAGCUUUGGGCCCAAACACCCGAGUGUGGCUACAGCUCUUGUAAACCUUGGUGUGAUCUACUGUCAGCUGAAGAUGCACAAUGAGGCCUUGCCAUUGUAUGAGCGGGCUCUCAAAGUGUAUGAGGACAGCCUUGGGCGGUUGCACCCUCGAGUAGGAGAGACCCUAAAAAAUCUGGCAGUUCUCAGUUACGAAGAAGGGGAUUUUGAGAAAGCUGCGGAGCUGUACAAACGGGCCAUGGAGAUUAAGGAGGCUGAAACGUCUUUGGCGUGUGAGAAAGCACCAUCUCCUCACUCGUCCAAUGGUGACACGUUCAGCUUGCGAAGCCCCGCCCUCCUACCUCACACACCCAGGGCAAAUAUGAGAUCAUGUUAAGUUACAACUAUACAGUAUACACAGAGGAACCGUUACAGGAACAUCAACAUUUCUGCUGUUAAAAGAAGAAAUUGUAAAAUCUUCUUUUAUUAAUAAUUUUUGUAAUAUUUGUUUUGUUUUUUAAUAAGUAUUUACACUAAUGACACUAUACGUAUGUUUUUGUUACAUUUAUUAAUAAAUUUGAUAGAAAUUACAAUAUUAAACCAAAUACUUUAAUCAAAACUCCCUCACAAAUGACUAAAUAAAUCUUCACCCUCUAUUGGAUCUUACACAUUCAGACAUUAUCAUAUAAGAUUAGGACCUAUUAACAUGUAUAACAGUAGUAUUAUGAACAGUAAUCCUAUAUACAGUAAUACUGUAUACUAUAUACACCCUGCACGUUCUAUUCUGAAUCACAACAUGAAGAAAAAUGUGCUAAAUGUAUUAUUAUUUUAAUGUAAGUGAAGAAAAACAAAUAUUAGUCUGUUCAAAAAAAUAGCAGUGUCAUCAUUCAUCUUUACAAAGUGAUGAAUUUACCGUUUAAACAAAAAUGCUCGAAGUUUAAUCUUUCUUGUGCAUCUCUGAAUUAAUAUUUAGUUGUAUAACUAUGGUUUCUGAGAACUGCUUCACAUCUGUGACAAUUGUACUACCGCAAUUCCUCUGCAUUUCUUGGUUUUGCCUUAGAAACAGCUUUUUUAAUGUCAGGCCACAAGUUUUCUAUUGGAUUAGGGUCUGGG